UGUCACGUUCAUUAAGGUUGAAGAGUGGAGCAGAGACCGCAUCUACACACACCUCUUUGAAUGUUAAGUCAACAAACUCUUAUUGAUGUCUUCUAUAAAUUUUACUCUUGGAUCAGUUGUUCACUUUCGAGAUGUAAGAUUUGAACUCCCCUCAACAGAAAGAGAACAAUACUGUAGAAGCUAAGUUAUUACAGUUAGAUGCAUACAUUUAUUUCCCGUGCAUCGUUGAAUGCAGUACUGAUUCGUUCAUAACAACAGAAGAAAAACAACAUUUUGUAGUUUGACAAAGCUCGAAGAGCUUCUUUUUAUUCAAGCUUGGCUUAAUUUGCAGUUUGAUAGAUUUUACUGAAGCAGUAGUACAAAUGGGAAAAGAGGUUGUGAACAAGCAAGUGCUCUUCAAAGAUUAUAUUGAAGGUGUACCGAAGGAAUCUGAUAUGGAGCUCAAGUCCAGCACUAUUGCUUUGGAGGUGAAGGAGGGUACACAGGAUGUUCUAUUAAAAAAUUUGUACCUGUCCUGUGAUCCUUACAUGAGAGGCAGAAUGAGAAACUUCCACAAUUCAUACAUACCUCCCUUUGCCCCUGGAUCAGUUCUACAAGGUUUUGUGGUGGCUAAAGUGAUUCUUUCAGAUCACCCGGAUUUUAAAGAGGGUGAUUUAGUAUCUGGAAUGUCUGGAUGGGAAGAGUACUCCAUAAUACCGAAAGGAAAGAAUUUAACAAAGAUCACACGUACUGAUUUACCACUUUCAUAUUUUGUGGGUAUUUUAGGGAUGCCGGGAAUCACAGCUUAUGCUGGAUUCUUUGAGGUUUGCUCUCCUAAAAAGGGAGAGCAUGUUUUUGUCUCUGCAGCUUCUGGAGCAGUUGGUCAGCUUGUUGGACAAUUUGCAAAGUUGAUGGGUUGUUAUGUUGUCGGGAGUGCUGGCAGUAAGGAGAAGGUGGACUUACUGAAAAAUAAGCAAGGUUUUGACAAUGCUUUCAACUAUAAGGAGGAGCAUGACUUGAAUGCUACUCUGCAAAGAUACAUAUUGGCGUUCCCAAAAUUCAAACUCAGUCCAGCUGGCAUUUUCCAGAAGGAAUUGACAUCUAUUUUGAUAAUGUGGGAGGUAGCAUGCUUGAUGCAGCACUUGUAAAUAUGAAAGUCCAUGGUCGUAUUGCUGUUUGCGGUGUUAUCUCCCAAAACAGUUUCCAAAAUGCACAAGCCAUACACAACAUAAACAUGGUUAUCCCCAAACGCAUAAGGUUGGAAGGCUUUCUUCAGUCUGAUUACGCGCACUUGUACCCUCAGUUUCUCGAGAAUGUGAUAAAUUAUAUCAAAGAAAGGAAGAUAACUUACAUUGAAGAUGUUGCUGAAGGACUUGAAAAUGCACCAGCAGCUUUUGUGGGGCUGUUUCAUGGUAAAAAUCUUGGCAAGCAAGUAGUUCAUAUUAGUGAUGAAUAAUGGAAUUGUAUGUUCUGAUCUGGGAAGAUUGUUUGGUUGAUUUUGUGUUAGAAAUGCAACUGAACAGAUUCUAUAUUUCCAUUUCAUUUUACUAUCGAUUUCUUAAACUGUUCAAAGGAAAACUGAGAGUGAAUUUCAUGUUCAAGUUCCACUUCAUGUUAUAUUGUCUCUUAUACGAACUUAACUCUGAUAGUCAAAAUUACUUUUACCUUCCAUCAUAGUCUUUAAAUGAAUUGCACUAUUCUAUUUAA